GGGAGGGCAGGCCCAUGAGGAGGCAAAGCGCAAACUAGUCAAAACUCACUCUUUCACCCCCCUGCCUGCGGACUGAAGCAGUCGCUGAAGUUUCUUCGUCGUCUGCUUUAGGUUUGGGGUUAAGAGCCCGAACAGCAUCUGGAAAGAAAAGAGGGGGAAAGUUUGAAAGGGUUUCCGUAUUUCCUGCGCAAAAGGAGGAUUUAAUGCAGAACUGAAGUUUUAAAGCGCAAAACUUGUGAAUGCAUGAGCUCUGUGAGGUGGACUGAAUGACUCCAGACUGCUUUUGUUCGCUAAUUUCUUUAAUAAGGAGGAAAAGGCUUUAGUCGCGCCUGUUGCGCACCGCACGCGCAGCGCGUUUGUUUGCGCUCUUGUCAAACUAUCGAAUGUUUAAUUGACACCUGUUGCGUGACGUCCUAUUGGACUGUAGCCCGGUGCGUGUAUCAAAAGUUUGAAAAAAAAUCAUUCGAGUCCUUUUCGCGGAACUUUUUUCUUUUCUUUUUUUUCUUUUCUUUUUUUCUUUUUUCUUUUUGCAAUGGACAGCGACGUGUUUUGGAGUAGAUAUGUUUUUCAUUUUGUAAGUGAAUGAAAGAGAGAGAAACCCUGGAAUCACGAGUAGGCUACCAAUGUUGAAUUGAUCGGAGGUGGAAUUGUUUGAUGUUUUUUUCCAAAGUAACUCUGUAAGCGCUUCGACAGAACAUAACGGAGAGCAGAAGACCAAGUUCAGCUGUCAAGACUUCAACUCUGGAACUUUGGAGGAACUUUUGGAGACCUACACUAAACGGAUAGAUCGAGAUCUGCAAACAAAGGAGGCUCUUCGCAUUUCCAUUUCUUGGCCGAGGAAGGAUGGAUGUGAGAAUGAACCCAGGACACCUACUUCUGGCAGUGACCCUCAUCGUCUGCAACUCACAGCUGCUGGUGGUCGCCAACUCAUGGUGGUCAUUAGCCAUGAACCCCAUCCAGAGACCGGAGAUGUACAUCAUUGGAGCACAGCCUCUGUGCAGCCAGCUGACAGGCCUGUCUCAGGGUCAGAAGAAGCUCUGCCAGCUCUAUCAGGACCAUAUGGUUUAUAUUGGAGAGGGGGCGAAGACGGGCAUCAAGGAGUGUCAGUAUCAGUUCAGGCAAAGGCGAUGGAACUGCAGCACGGUGGACAACACUUCAGUGUUCGGCCGCGUCAUGCAGAUAGGCAGCAGAGAAACAGCUUUUACUUACGCCAUCAGCGCAGCGGGUGUCGUGAACGCGGUGAGUCGGGCGUGCCGCGAGGGCGAGCUCUCCACCUGUGGCUGCAGCCGAGCGGCUCGUCCCAAGGACCUCCCGAGAGACUGGCUAUGGGGCGGAUGCGGGGACAACGUCAACUACGGCUACCGUUUCGCCCGGGAGUUUGUGGACGCCCGCGAGCGCGAGAAGAACUACCCUCGAGGAUCGGUCGAGAAUGCACGCACGCUUAUGAAUCUGCAGAACAAUGAAGCUGGGAGAAUGGCAGUGUACAAUCUGGCCAACGUCGCAUGCAAGUGUCACGGAGUCUCCGGCUCAUGCAGUCUGAAAACCUGUUGGCUCCAGCUGGCCGACUUCCGUCGCGUGGGAGAGUUCCUGAAGGAGAAGUACGACAGCGCCGCCGCCAUGCGCAUCAGCCGACGGGGCAAGCUGGAGCUGGUCAACAACCGCUUCAACCCCCCGACGAGCGAGGACCUGGUCUACACUGACCCCAGCCCGGACUACUGCCUGCGAAACGAGACCACCGGCUCGCUGGGCACCCAGGGCCGCCUGUGCAACAAGACCUCGGAGGGCAUGGACGGCUGCGAGCUCAUGUGCUGCGGUCGCGGCUACGACCAGUUCAAGACCUACAAACACGAGCGUUGCCAAUGCAAGUUCCACUGGUGCUGCUACGUCAAGUGCAAACGCUGCACGUCGCUCGUGGACCAGUUCGUGUGCAAGUAGCACCCUAGGGAACGGGACAGAUGCCCUGGAGAGGCACUGAGCAAUUAGCGGGAGAAGAACGGGACCCUUAACGGACCCAGAGGGGGAACUUAGAGAUAAUGAAAUGUAAAAUGAUAUAUUAAAUAGCAACAAAUUAAAGUAUAUAAGUAAGUGUACGUGUGCCGUUGAUAGUAAUUUAAUGACCUUUUCUGACUCAAGAGUCAAAAGUUGGACGUCAUUGAUGACAAGGAGGCACCGGUGUGAUGCAUUCUGACUCGAGCUGUUGUUCUCUCCGCCUUCGAGUUCAGAGAGGCACGUAGUCUUUGCUUGUUCUUAAAGGAAGAGCCUACAAACUCUUUAGAGACUCUAGAGGGAUCAAGAAAAGAUGCAGAAAGAGGACGGAGAACAAUUCGAUUCGCCCCUGAUUCUUGAGCGCACCUCCACAAACACACUCCACCUUGCCCAUAUUAGAGCUCUUAAGAACCUUGAGUCAGAAAAAGGCGGAAUUAUUGGACAUUGUGUUCCAUGAUGUCAUAAUAAUCUUUGAGAUAUGACAAGAACAGAACGCUGCCUGUUACCGUUACCCUUCACGCAAGCAUUUCCUAAUAAGAAACCUGGAGAGACGUGUGAAAGAUAAAAAACCAGGACUGAACACUUUUGCCUGCAUCGGAGCUUCAAGCAACACAUGCACACGCAAAACUCCCCUUUUAUUCUUAAAAACCGCUGUCGUAUCCUUCUUAAAGGCUUUCAAAAGCCCGUUUGAUGCAUUUCAGGGUCUUCUGUACGUCAUAUCUGGGAGUUCCCGAGAAUAUUGUGUUUGUUCUGUCACUGUCUUUGUCAUUGUUGGUUGAAACGGUUCAAAGCCUCACAGUAAUGAAUGUGUGUGUGGUAACUGCAAAUAGGAAGAAAAAAAAAUCAAGGCUACAUAAGGACUGCAAAAACUAUUAUUGUAACCAAAUACUAGUGGUUCAGAUUAUAUUUUAUUAAUUGCUUCUCAUUUUAUACAUCAUAUGUAUUGUUCUGAUUAUUAUUUUUUGAUAAAGAAGCUUUUUACUGGGGAUUUAUAUGCUAGCAGAGAAGAUAUUACUGGCCACUGGAUGGAACGGGUGAUCAUAGCCGACUCUCUGUCUGUCAGGCCGUGGAACAUGACAAUGAGAUCUUUUGUUUUGGAGGAAAACCACACUUGUAAAUAACAGUCAGUCAUAUAUGCAAAUAACACUUACAAUCUCUUUGACACGUCACUCCACAGUUUUUUUGCUGCCCUGUGAUCUUAUUCUUGUUGUGUGUAUUCCCCCUCAUUCAAACCAGUAAUAUUAAAAAUAUGAAUAGUGAUUAUUAUUA